AUGGAAAGUUAUCAAAAAAGGAAGGGUGAAUAUUUGGAGGCCAAGAAAAACGGUACUUUUCAUGCAGAAGAAGGAUUUCAUAACAUGGCACCUGUUCCUCUCCCAGAGGAAUUGGGUGGUAACGGUCAUCAAGGGUCUGGUAUUGAUUACGAUGACGAAGAUGAUGACGCAAGUGUUCCUGCUAAACGUUAUUCAGAUUCUUCUGAAAAAAAAAAAAGAAAAAGAAAAAGGAUAAGAAAAACAAAAAUGCUUCAACCUCUUUAUCAGCCUUUCCAUCCAAUUUUUCUUUAUAAAGGAUUUAUUGAUCUGCUGAAGUAUCAUUUUGACAGUGAAAAAAAAAAGAAUUUUUUUUUUUUUUGA